UUGAAGCUGGCGUUCUGGUUGGCCAAUGUGUGACCUUUCACGUGUCACGUGGUUUAAAAUCGCAGGCUGAUGGCGCGAGAAUAUUUUAGUUUUGCACACUAGCUUUAAGAGUUUUAGGUUUAUUAUUCGCAGGCGAUAUUCGCACUUUCAGUCAUGAGUGUGUUGGAAGUGAAGUUCAUUGGAGACAGAGAUGUUCUGGAGCACAUCGUGGACAAACAGGAGGACGUCCCAGGCAGCAAUGGAUCUGUUCAGAAAUUGGUAAUGUUCAAGACCCCUGAUAAGCAACAAGCUACAGAGGACAUAGAACAGGACAUCAACAGAUAUGAAUGCUUUGACGAGCAAAACUAUGUCCAAGCUCUCGGGGCAGAAAACUCAGAAGAAGAUGAGGAGAGAGUGUCCAGAGUGGCUGGAUCCUCCAUUUUUACAUUUCAGAAAGUCAAACGCACCAACAGCAUGGCGCAGACAGCAAAUGAGUUGGCACGGACUCCAGGAAAAAGCGUAACCUUCAGUGCAACUCCCAGCAUUGAACCUUCCACACCCACUCGACCAGGCCACAACCACAGAGUUGAAAGCCGAACCCCACAGAGGAGCAAGAAGGUGCAAUUUGUAUCCACCACACCCCACAGGCUCAGAAAACGAGUGACGACCCCAAGUCUCAGAUCAGAUAGUGACAGUGAAUUGUCACCUUCGGACUCUGGGGAAGAGGAGGAUGAUGAAAUGGAAGAAGAACCAAAAGUACAAAAAGAGGACAAAGAGAGCUUGAAGAACCCGAGAACACCUAGCAAAGGUUUGUCUGCUGCUCUCUACAAGACCCCUGCCAAGAAGUGCAGGACUGUUCCUAAAACCCCCCAACAGCCAAGUCUGGUUGAGGAGUAUUUUGAGGCCCACAGCAGUUCAAAGGUCUUGACAUCAGACCGCACCCUUGCACGUUUAAACAUCCCUAAACUUGAUAGGGAGACACUGGUCCGGCUUUUAGAAGGAAAGCCAUCCUGCUACUCAACAGACAUUCAAAAGCUCCACCAAAAACACAGAAAACAUUUUAGCAAGUGGAUGGUACAAUUACAGUUGGGCUUCAGUGUACUUGUGCAUGGCCUCGGCAGCAAAAAGGCUCUUCUGGAGGACUUCCGUGUGUCACAUUUGGCUGAAGAAAUCCAUCUGGUGGUCAAUGGAUUUUUUCCAUCCAUCACUCUGAAAUCGAUCCUAAAUGCUUUGACAGUAGAGGUUCUGGAGCACCAGGGGACUUUCCGAACACCCUCAGACCAGAUCGAAUAUAUCACCAAGACCUUCAAAGACAGCCCAGAUCUCCAUGUGUACUUGUUAAUCCAUAAUAUUGAUGGACCAAUGUUGCGAGGAGAGAAGACCCAGAAUGCACUGGGGCAGUUGGCAACCUUGUCUAACCUGCACUUAGUUGCUUCCAUUGACCACAUCAAUGCUGCACUAGUGUGGGACCAGUUUAAUCAGAGUCAAUUUAACUGGCUGUGGUGGGAGUGUGUGACGUUCCAGCACUAUGCAGAGGAGACGUCGUACGAAAACUCUCUGCUGGUGCAGCAAACCGGUGCACUUGCUCUGUCCUCCCUUACACAUGUGCUACGCAGUUUGACACCGAAUGCAAGAGGGAUUUUUAAACUUUUGGUGAAAUUCCAGCUAGAACAUCAAGACGAUCCUUCAUAUACGGGACUGUCAUUUCAAGAAUUCUACCAGCGUUGUCGAGAAGCUUUCUUGGUGAACUCUGACCUCACGCUGAGGACUCAGCUGACAGAGUUCAGAGACCACAAGCUGAUUCGGACUCGCAAGGGUGCAGACGGGGUGGAGUACUUAAUGGUUCCUGUUGACACAAACACCUUAGUAGAUUUCCUGGAGAAGGAGGGAAAUGAGUGACAAGGCUGCAGACUGUUGCUAAAUACAGCAUGUGACUCCAGAUCAGAGUCUGCUCCU